AUGCUUUUCAGAACGACCUUAAGCGCCGGCUUCAUUGCCGCGGCGCAUGCGCUUCCACAAGCCAUCAGCCAGAUUUCAGAUGGACAGGUUCAGGUUCCCACUGCCACACCCAUCCAGCAGAUUUCUGACGGACAGAUUCAGAACCCAGCUCCAACAGCAACACCUGUGGCUGCAGCGACGGGCAACUACUCGCCAUUGCCAUAUUCCUACAGUCAAGAGCCUUAUGUAGACAGUUCCGCUGUCUCUUCGGCCGCCUCUGUUGCUGGACUUCCAGUCAGUGCGAUUCCUGGAGCUACCAACGCUGUUCCUCCACGAGUUAGCAGUGUAGUCACUGGAGUCACCAGCCAUGGCCCAUACAGUGGUACACCAACAACCACUGGAGCUGUGAGCAACUCCCCAGCUGGAACCGCCAUUCCAGCACUUCCACCAAACCCAACAGCGUUGACAUACAAUCCCAACGGUACUCUCAACGACCAGCAACCAAUCCCAUACCAACCUGCUGGAGGUUUGGGUACAAACGGCACCGAGCCAGUUUACCGUGUUCAGUCCGAUUUCGACUACCAAUCUAUCCUCGUCGGUCUUUACCAGGAAUGGAUCGAGUUGGAUCUUUUCAACCACAUUCUGGCCACCUUCAGCGAAGAGGAAUUCACCGAAGCUGGCUUGACUGCUAGCGAUCGAUACUUGAUUGAAUUCAUGGCCGUUCAAGAGACUGGUCACGCCACCCUUCUCAGCAAUUUGUUGGGAGGACCAGGAGGUGCAACUCCACAAUGUACCUACAACUACCCAUUCACCACCGUCCGUGAAGCAUUCGAUUUCACCCAAAAGCUUACACGUUUCGGAGAGUCUGGUGUUUGGGGUUUCCAAGCUCAUCUCGAUUCCCGCGAGGUUGCUCAAUUGCUUGAUCAAUCCAUCGCCACUGAGGCUCGUCAACAGAUGAUCUUCAGACAAUUCGCUGGCUUGUUCCCAAUGCCAGUUUGGUUCGAGACUGGUAUUCCACAAUCCUGGGCAUGGACUUUGCUCGCACCAUACAUCUCCGAGUGCCCAGCAAACUCCAAGAGAUUGGCAUGGCAAAACUUCCCAGGACUCAACGUCCUCAACCAGCCCAACAGCGCCCGCUGGAACGCUACCCAAACCCCAUUGAACGAGACAGUCGGAUGGGGAGGAGCUCGUCCUUCAAACUCCGACGUCCCAGCCGAAGACUCCUGCGUCGGCCGCAACAUCACCGGUGAGGACUGCUCAGCCGCCAUCUCCCAAAACCGAACCAUCCCUCUCUCCUACCCAGGUCGUGAGGUUUUCCUCGAGUGGGAGAAUCCAGGCAAGCCAGUCGGCCCAAACAACUCCUACAUCACCGCCACCAUGGCUGGCGCACCCGAGUUCGUCCUCUGGGUCAGUCAGCUCAACAUCACAUACUCGCCUUUGACCAACAUUAGUCAAAACGGUGAGAUGUGGUAUGGACAGACUAUCCAACCGGAUGUUAGCACGUACGAGGGUGAUCCUGCUAUCAACGGCACGAUGUUCAUCGCGCUUACUGAUGCGGAUUUGCCGUUUACCGCGUUCAACUUGAGCAUGGUUAACCCGCACGUGGCUGCUGGUCCUUUCUUGUACCAGGCUGGAUAG